ACUGAUUGAACAGGUCGCUUUAUUUCAUAAACACUCCCUCUUAUGCAAACGCAAAAAAACAUUAUUUUAAAUUGGUUUACAAAAAAAUCUUAAGAACAUAACUUCUUGUUAUGAAGGUGAAGUGUUCGACAACACUUUUUUACAUUUUUAAGAAAGUCGAUAUUAAGUCUCUGACAGCACAGUAUACAGUAUGUGCGCAGAUGCCGUCUGUGCCCGUGCAAAGCGUUCCCUCCAGCUGAGUGGAACUAAAGAAAGGCUCGGGGCUCAUGUGCCUACCCGGAGCGGAAAACCGGUGACACCAGUCGUUUGUGUCUAGCGGAACCAAAACAAGGCAGGAAGGCAGAGCAGUCGGAGACGAGGAGGAGUGAUGAUGUUAAUGCCGCUGGGCUGGUCAGUUUGGGCUGGACUCGAGAACUCAGACGCGUUCAGAUUAGUACAGCGGGUGUGAUCCUGCGUGUUCUGGGUCAGUCCAGACUCUGUACCUCACGGGCUCGGCUCAGGCAGGCUCAGCAGCACCAUGAGGACCAACAAGUCCUACAAGCUGGUCGUCCACAAGAGAGGCUUCGGGGGCAGUGAUGAUGAGCUGAUGGUGAAUCCGAAGGUGUUUCCUCAGGUGACGAUAGGAGACAUUGUGGAGAUCGCUCACCCCAAUGAUGAGUACAGUCCUCUUCUGCUGCAGGUCAAGAGUCUGAAGGAGGACCUCCAGAAAGAGACCAUCAGCGUAGACCAGACCGUCGCCCAGGCUUUCAAACUGCGGGCCUACCAGGAUGUCUUCGUCAAUAUCGUGGAUCCUAAGGAUGUGACCCUGGACCUGGUGGAGCUGACCUUUAAGGACCAGUACAUCGGGAGAGGGGACAUGUGGCGCCUGAAAAAGAGCCUGGUGAGCACCUGCGCCUAUGUGACACAGAAGGUGGAGUUUGCUGGGAUCAGGGCCCAGGCCAGCGAGCUGUGGGUGCGAGGAGAGAAGGUGACCUGUGGCUACAUCAGUGAGGACAGCCGGGUGGUCUUCCGCUCCACCUCUGCGAUGGUCUACAUCUUCAUCCAGAUGAGCUGUGAGAUGUGGGAUUUCGAUAUUUACGGUGAGGUGCCCCGCGGCUCCGCUGGCCCGUGCAGGGCGGCGCGUGAUCGGGACCGGGAGGCCAGCGGCAGGAAGAGCUCCAGCUCGUGCGACGUGUCGGGGAGCCCCCCGCCCGGCCGGGCCCCCGGGCCCGAGGAGCAGCGCAGCCUGGCGUCGGACGACAGCCUGAGCCGCGUCUCCAACAUCCUGCUCAUCCCGCGGCCGCCUGCCGCGCAGUACGAGGUCAGCAGCUCGCUGGGGUACACCAGCACACGAGAGCUGCUGGAGAAGAUGAUGGAGUCGCAGCGGGACUCCAGCGCUCCGGGCCGCUUCCACGUGGGCAGCGUGGAGUCGACGCUGCACGUGCGCCCCGGGGGGUACACCCCGCAGCGGGCUCUCAUCAACCCCUUCGCCCCGUCCCGCAUGCCCAUGAAGCUCACCUCCAACCGGCGCCGCUGGAUGCACACCUUUCCCGUCGGCCCGUCCGGGGAGGCGAUCCAGAUCCACCACCAGACCCGGCAGAACAUGGCCGAGCUCCAGGGCAGCGGCCAGAGAGACUCCGCCCACACGUCCGCCGAGCUGCUGGAGCUGGCCUAUCACGAGGCCACAGGCCGGCGGUCAGCCGCACGGACGCUGGGCGAGAACAGUUUCUGUCUGAGCGGUGGGGGUGCAGAAGAGUUCGCCAGCAGCCCGGCCAGCAGCAACAGCACAGGGACUCCGCUGAACCGCGGUAGCUCGUUUGAAGACUCGUCGUCCGGCAGCCCAGAUCCCACUGUGGUGCUGUCUGCUCCCCCCACAGUGCCGGGAUUCUGCUGCACCGUCGGGGUGGACUGGAAGUCCCUGACCACCCCCGCCUGCCUGCCCCUCACCACUGACUACUUCCCCGACAGGCAGAGCCUGCAGAACGACUACACUGAGGGCUGCUAUGACCUGCUGCCCCAGACUGACCUGGACAGGUCUGGGAGAGAGGGAGAGGAGAGAGGGAGAGGAGAGAGGGAGAGGAGAGAGGGAGAGGAGAGAGGGAGAGGAGAGAGAGGAUAG